AUGUCUACUACAGACAAGGUCAUCCCAACUCUCUUUAAGCCGACCAAGCUAGGCAACUUAUUGUUGAACCAUCGAGUUGUGCUAGCACCGCUCACGCGUUUCCGCGCGGACGACGACUCCGUGCAUACGGAGCUGGCCGUCGAGUACUACAGACAACGUUCCAGCACCCCCGGAACUUUCCUCAUCACCGAGGCGACUGUCAUCGCGCCACAAGCCGGUGGCUACCCUAACGCGCCUGGUAUAUGGAACAACGAGCAGGUUGCAGCAUGGAAGAAGAUUGCUGAUGUCGUCCACGGGAAUGGCUGCCCCAUCUUUAUGCAAUUGUGGUCCAUAGGCCGCGUAGCCGUCCCGGAGGUGCUGGAGAAGUAUGGACACGAUGUCGUCGGCCCGAGCGCGAUUGCCCUUGACGCGAACCACGCGACACCUCGAGCGCUCACCGUUGAUGAGAUUAAGGAGUAUGUCCAACUCUACGCGCAGGCGGCGAGGAACGCCAUCCGUGCUGGCUUCGACGGUGUUGAGGUUCACUCUGCGAACGGUUACCUUCUUGACGAGUUUAUCCAGAGCAACUCAAACCACCGGACGGACGAGUAUGGUGGAAGCAUUGAGAACCGUAUCCGCUUCACCGCAGAAGUCGUUGAGGCCAUCGCGGCGGCGGUCGGUCCUGAGCGUACCUCCGUCAGAUUGAGCCCGUGGUCAAGGUUCCAAGCAAUGCGUAUGCCGGACCCGAUCCCGACGUUCAACGCACUUGUGCAGCGCCUCGCCGAUACGCAGCCCGCUCUCGCCUACCUGCACAUCGUAGAGCCUCGGGUAAACGGCGAGGCCGACGCGACAGAUGUAGGCGAAGACAACAACGAUGUCCUCAAGAAGAUUUGGUCCCCUCGGCCUCUUGUCGUCGCAGGUGGCUUCAGCCUGGAGACUGCCCUACAAGUGUCAGAACGCCAGGAGAAUGUACUUGUCGCGAUGGGCAGGUAUUUCAUCUCCAAUCCAGAUCUGCCGAGAAGGUGGCAGGAGGGCUUCGCUCUGGCUCCAUAUGAACGACAGUACUUCUACUCUCGGGGAUCUAGAGGUUAUACAGACUAUGCACCCUACGUAGAGGCGACCAAGAUUGCAGUCUGA